AUGUUGAAGAUAAUUUACUACAAUUCUUUCAAACGGCUCUUAUCCACACUUGCGCCUUCGAUUGGUCUCGAAAUCCAUGUGCAAUUAAAGGCCAAUUCCAAAUUGUUUUCUGAUGCCCCUGUUACUGAUGGUGUGGCCUGCGGUAGUAAUCAAACUGUGGCGUUGUUCGAUUUAGGCACUCCUGGUACACUUCCCACAGUGAAUGAAAACAGUGUAAAGGUCUGUGAUUUUGCGCAACUUUAUUUAACCGUUGUAUGGCGAAGCCCGACAACUUGAAUUAAAUUUUAAUUUCAGUUAGCUCUCAAAGCUUCAAUGCUAUUGAAUUCGAGUGUAUCUCAUGAAUGCAGAUUUGACAGGAAGCACUAUUUUUACCCAGACAUGCCUAUGGGAUAUCAGAUCACUCAGAAUGAGCUUCCUAUUGCCAAAAGUGGCCAUUUCGAUUAUUAUGUAAGGCAAUCGCGAAACAAAAUGAAGCGGGCCACAAUAAAGCAGGUCCAGCUAGAGAUGGACAGUGGAAAACUGAUUCACAAUCAAGGAUAUGACUUAAUAGAUCUGAACCGAGCUGGUAUUGGACUUAUUGAAAUUGUGACCGAGCCAUGCUUUGAAGGUCCGAUUGAUGCCUCAGCUUUUGUCGAGAAUCUCCGAUGGGUAUUGGCUGUAAACGACAUUUCGGACUGCCAGAUGCAUCGUAAGUCUAUAACACGUCAUUAAAAAGACCAGGUGGACAACUCAGAGUUGAUGCAAAUGUUUCCGUCGCCCCUCCGGGAUCUAAGGGAAAUGUCGUCGAAAUAAAGAAUAUAAACAGUUUUGUGGAUAUCGAAAAAACCUUAAAAUACGAAAUUAGACGACAAGUAGAUGUCAUAAACAACGGCGGGACUAUUGAAACAGAAACAAGAGGCAUUGUCGAUGGGUAGGAGAUCAUCCUUACUUUUAACCCUUUGGAUACAAAUAUGGACAACCGGCAACAAAUGGUUACAUAAUGACCACUAAUACCACUCUUUCCGCUCGGUAAAUUCUUAGCUUCGGGCAAAAUAUCCUUUUGUCUCCAAAAAAAUGUCCUUGCUAAACUGAGGUAGUUCGCUACAUUUCAAGAGUCUUUACCAGAUAUUGCCACGGCUCCGGAGCCGGCUCUUGGCUCCGGCUCCGAGCAAAAUCUGUAAAUCACCUCCCAUGUGUGUAAUCAUGUAUAACCGGUUGACCCCAUUCGUAUCUAACAAUAAAGGGUUAACAACCUGAUUUAGGAAAACAGUGUCAUCGAGAGAAAAGGGAGAAGGCCAUGAUUAUCGCUUUCUUCCAGAACCUAACAUUCCCCGAAUAAAGAUCGAAAAGGAGUGGUUGACACAGCUGAGAGAAGAACUCCGCCCGGCAUCUUAUGUUCAUUACAUCGAGAAGCUUGGAUUCACUGUUGAUUAUACAUUCGACUUACUUUACGAUGACAAUUUACGGAGAUUUGUGGACGCCGUUUUGUUGAAUAUCCAUUCAGAACAUUCAAAGUUUGAGCCAUUGUUACACGAGUUCCCAAAAAUACUGGUAGAAUGUGGGGGAACAUUUCCACCGCCAGAAGGUAACUUUCCAUGGGCCCAUCAAUGAAUUUUCAGCAAUGAUAUCCACCUAUACGACACUCAUCAAAUAUCUUAUUGAGGCAAAAAUCACCCGACUCACUUUCAUCGAUUUGGUGAAGUUUUACUUAACAGGAGACACGACUGCUGUGGAUAAGGUAAUCGAAGUGUUUCACGCAUUAUCCUCGCAUAUUUUUUGGCAUUCACUGAAUUCUUGAUUUUUUGCCAAGUUUUCGAUUUCGGAAUUGCGUGCCUGGGGUUAGGGUUCGGAAAAUUGGGGUAUAUUCACAGGGUAUAUUCCCGGGUGUGUUGCGAAAUCUCGGGUAUAUUCGGGUAUUCAUACAAUUAGCCCAAUAUAGUACCAAUACAUAUGAAGUCGUUUGCAACUUAUUCAUUAACUUAAUCACGUUUGGGCUGAUAUUUUUGAUUUUCCCAACUACAACGAACAAAACAAGUACUUUAACAAUGAAAAAGUUUAACAAUCCAAUAUUUCGCAGUCAGAUCUGGAUUUUUUUCCCUUUCAUCUUCCGACUCCGGCAACUGGAUGACUAGUUUUCGACCUCAAAACCAAGUUUUGAACGAAAAAAAGCAAAUUAUGACAAAAUGUCAACAUUCAUUGAUUUUUUAUGACCAAAAUUCCACUUUUUUUACAUUUUUUAAUUGUAAAACUUUGAAAAUUCCCAUAAAUACCCGAAAAUAUCCGUACUUUGUAUGUUGGACAUACAGUACACCGAACUUUUUUUGUGAUGCUGACGUCCGAUUUUUAUAGAUUCCACCGUCGUAUGGCACACACGACUCUAAACCGUGGUAAUCGUUACAAAAAAUUUAAGAAAUCACUGAUCUUGCUGUUACAGUAACCACUUAUCUGCGCACGACAUGUUACAGUAUGCUUAGGUCUAAAUAUUUUGAAUUUCUUAGUGAAAAUAGUUUGUGAGGGUCGUACAACAUAGAUAAAACAUUAAAUUUUGUUUUUAAAAUAAUCUGCGUAAAGUUUAGCCGAGAAUAAAUCGAGGUGUACUGUAUGUCCAACAUUAAAAGUGCCAUAAUUCCAAAACCACCCCUUUUAUUUUCUUAAAUUUUUGAUAUGUUGUUACACAUAUGUCAAGGUGUUUUUGAAAGGUUUCAAAAGUUGAGACAAGUUGAAUGCCGGAAAGUUAUAUUGAACAUGGUAUCUUGACAUUUCUCAAACCGGUCGAAGGCUAAAUCCUAGAACAAAACUGUCAAUUACAAAAAUUUUUCCCAUAAAAAUCGAAAACGUAUACUGGCAAGGUUUUCGGUUGUCCUACUCCAAUUUUAGAAAAAAUGAAAUUUUUAUAUACCUUACCGGCAACAUUAAAAGUACCAUAACUCCAAAUCCCCCCCCCUUUUAUUUUUCUGAAUUUUUGAUAUGUUGUUCCAUACAUAUCAACGUAUUUUUCAGAGGUUUCAAAAGUUGAGACAAAUAGAAUGCCGAAAAGUUAUAUUACACAUGGUACCUUGGUAAUUUUCGAAGUAGGCGAAAACUACAUCCUACAGAAAAAGUGUCAAUUACAAAAAUUUUCGCCAUGGUCGAAAACGUAUUUUGGCAAUGUUUCCGGGUCUUCUACACCGAUUUUGAAAAAAAUGAUUUUUCGAAAUACCGUAUCGGCAAGAUUCAAAGUACCAUAACUCCAACCCCCCCCCCCCUUUUUUAUUUUCGCGCAUUUUUGAUAUGUUGUUACAUACAUGUCAAAGUGUUUUUAAGAGGUUUCAAAAGUUGAGACAAGUUCUCUGCAAAAAAGUUACAUUCAAUAUGGUACCUUACAAGGGAAGUCGUUCAGAUCGCAAAUGAGUUGAGCUAUGGGACCGGUAUAUUCUGAUUCUCCAUAUUCGAAAACGGUAAGAGCUAAAACAGUUUUUCCGUCUGGGCCCUAGUUUUCGAGAAAAUCGACCGUAAAGUUUGAUCGGAAACUCUGCUAAAUAGUCCUCGCUCCGAAAGGCCUUUGAAACAAGAGCCAAAUGGCGGAGGGCGAGUGAAAACGCUCUCAAAAUUCUUUUGUCCGGGAUGCCGGGGAAGGUUCGAGUCUCGCUAGGACCAAACCCUAAUUCACAAAGCAAAAAAAAUAUUUUUCCUUUUGCGUACUUUGGAGAAAAUAUUGAAAUGCAUGUCAAAUAGGCAUAUUUCUGCGUUGAACUCAAAAAUGAAGUGUUUAUUCCUAAAAAACUAUUUGAUCUGAAAUUAUUGGGGUACACUUCACCACAAAAAACUAAAAAAAUUUUAUUUUUUAUCAUUUUCAAUAUCAGAGCUCUUUGAACAUGCCUUUCCCGGUAUCACGGACAAAAGAAUUUUGAGAGCGUUUUCACUCGCCCUCCGCCAUUUGGCUCUUGAUCCAAAAGUCUUUUGGAGCGAGGACUAUUUAGCGGGGUCUCCAGUCAAACUUUACGGUCGAUUUUCUCGAAAACCAGGGCCCAUACGGAAAAUUUGUUUUAACUCUUACCGUUCUCGAAUAUGGAGAAUCAGAAUAUACCGGUCCCAUAGCUCAACUCAUUUGCGAUCUGAACGACUUCCCUUGUUAGUAUUUUUCAAAGUAGUCGAAGGCAACAUCCUACGGCAAAGUUGUCAAUUAUGAAAAUGUUCCCCAUGGUCAAAAACGUAGAACAGGAAGGUUUUGUGCUUUUACUCCUCCGGGUUUUUACACACGAACCCAAUCUUUGUGAAAAUUGUACCUACAGUAACCCCCGUAUACGGUAAUUUCCGAAACUAAAAAUUCGUGCUGACGUUCACCUAUCAUAGUACAACAACUAUGCAAAAUAUCAAAAGAUCCUGAGUUGGUCGUUUUUUUGAAAUGUCCGGCCCUUGUUAUGAGAAACUUCAAUCUGUAAAAAACUCUCUUUUAAGAACAAAGCAACAAUCAAAAAAUGAACAAAAUUUUCGAGAUUAAUAACAAUAAAUCCAUUUCAUGGUUCAGGUGGUAUUGCUAAGCCUCAUGUUUUGUUUUUUCCCGGUUCCGAAAGUGUCACUUUCCGGAAUUGUCCAAAUUCCGGAAAUGUUUUGACGCGUAUUUUUCGUGACCCCAAAACAAAACUUUUGUCACAAAAUGUUAUAUAAGAGUAAAUUUAUUUUAGAAAAUUGCCGAUGACAAUUUAUGGAGAAUCACAGAUCCAGAAUUGGUAGGCAGACUAAUAUCUGAUGCUCUGCAGAAAACAAACCCGGAUUCUGUUCGGAAAGCCAAGGCUGGGAAGUUGAAACAUUUCAAUCGAAUUCGUAAUCGGAUAAUUGUGGAUUCUCAAAGACGCAUUGGAAUCGACCAGAUUGAGAUGGCGUUGAAAGAAAGAUUAGGUGAAUUAUAA